AUGUCUGGCGUCCCACCUCCCAAGCAACCAGGCAACUCGGCCGGCCCCAACUUCAGCAGGUCGACCGUGAAUGCCCGCUCGACGCAUGAGACGUACCAUCCAAACGGCUAUGGCGUCAGCGAGGGGCUCAAGCGAGCCAGGCGUCCGUUCUUCGCACGCAACGCUAUCACAGGCCUUGCAAUCGUCGGGUUUGCAGGUGGCGUCUAUUACUACAGCAUUUCCAAAGUCAAGCAAGACGACUUCUCUGACCUC